AUGAGAAAAAAAUCCAUUUUUAGGAAAGCAAGAUAUUUAUCACAAGCAGAAGAAACUUCCUGUAUAUUAGAUGAACAAAAUGGUGAAACAAAAGAAAAUGGAGAUAACUCUAGUGAAAAAAGUAAACUCAAUACAGAAAUUAAAACAUUUGUGGAAGAUACUAACAAUGAACUUAAUUUUUAUCUGAAUGACAACAAAAUUAAGGAUACUACAGAAAAAUGUCAAAAGUCAUCCUCAUAUGUAAAUUGGAGAGGAAUGGACUUUGUUAAUUUAGUAUUAAAUGAAGAAACAGAUCAUAAUAUCCCAAGUCUUGUUAAUUGUUGGAAUAAAAAACAAAGUUCUUUAGAGACACAAAUACGUGAGAAAACAAGUUCAACAUGUAAUUUGAAAAAUUUUGAUUAUUGCGCUGUUUUGAAUAAAAAUGAUGAUUGCACCAGUCCUUAUAAAAAUAGUGAUUUACCAGAUUUAAUAUCAUUACCAUAUGGCCAACUCAAUGAGGAUGAUCAAGAACAAAAUAAAAAAGACAUUAUUUAUAAAAGACUUACUAAGUUUACCAAUAUUACUAAUGAUAUAUCUAAUUACUAUUAUAAAAAAUAUGAAGCUAAUCAAAAUCAACUUAAUUGUGGAAAGUGGAGUAUGUAUAUACAUAAGAGAGGAAAACAAUUUGUAAAUAUGGUGUACAAUGAGUUUUAUUCCGAAGAAACUUUUAGAGAAGAUUCUACUAAUAUUUGGAAUGCUUAUAGUACUAAUAAGCAAAAUAGUAUAUUAAGUGAUACAGGAAAUCAUUGUAAUAUGACAUCACUAAUAUAUGAAAUUAAAAAGAGAGAAAACACAAGUGACCCAUAUGGUUUAAAUUGGAUUCCUAUAGAAGACCAUGAUGAAACUUCAUAUACUACACCUUCAUUACCAACUAUUACAGAAUCAACAAUGGAAAUUUCUGAUACACCACAUGUUAGGAAUGAUGUAGAUCUAUUAGAUGAUGAAACAAAAGCUAAAAUUGGAGGUUUUAAGGAUUCUAAAAAUACUACCCUAAAUGCUAUAUCAUCACCGGAUGAUACAGAUAAAGCUUCAGCGGCUGAAAAAAUUGCAAAAGCUGCAACUACUGUUUCUCUAGGAGAUCCACCACAAUCCAAUUCUUUAACUUCAAAUAAUACGAAUGGACAUAACUUGUCUAAAACUGAGCCUAAAAUUUUAUCUUCUUCUACAGAUGAUAACUCUACACAUUCUAAUACUAUCAUUAGACCUUCUGAAAACCAUACUCCACCUUCUCCUGAGAUUGUACCAUCUGUUAAACCCAUGUUUUCUGCAGAUAACAAUUCAUCUUUCUCAGGAAUUUCUACAUCCCCUAUUGUUGGGUCUACUAAUUCUACAACUAAUGAUGAAACUUCUUCAUUUAAUGGUACACAUUCUACAAAUAAGCAUACGUCUCCCGGUAUGAAUAUGCCCGAAUCUCCCACUCCUAGCAGUGCACAACCUAUAAUUGUUACUGAAAUUAAUUCUAAUGGUACUACACCUUUUUCAAAUGAAUCAUUAACUGAGGCACCUAAUUCUAAACCUCCUGUUGAGGCACAUACUCAUCUAAUUAAUGCUGCACUUCCCAAAAAUGAUACUGUGUCUACAACCUCAGUUGAAUCUUUAACACCUUUAAAUAUCAGUGCAUCUUCUAAUAAUACAAUUGAAUCUACUACAACAAAUAAUGGUACACAAUUAAUUGAAAAAAGCUAUUCUCCAACACAAAAUUCACAAAAUGAACUUACGCCUAUUUCUCAACCUAGUAAUUUACCUUUAAUCAAAGUUCAUAAUGAUACAUUAGCAAAUUGUUCGGGCAUUUGUCCUAAAAAUAUGAAUGUAUCAAAUAGUACUACCCCACAAACUCCACUGGAUAAUGAUACUGAAGUUACCCCUACUGUUAAAACCACAGGAAAUGUAAUAAUAACAGGCGUUUCAGUAGGUAUAUUUAUUUUAGGAAUUGUUCUCCUUUUAAUUAUUAUAUAUAGAUGCACUCCUAUUGGAUCUUGGAUUCGUAAUCGAAAAUCAAAGAAAAAAAAAAUAAGAAAAAAGAUAAAAAAAAUUUCAAAGAAACCAAUGCCAUUAUCUACAAAUAAUAUAGAGGAUGGACCAAUGAAUAGUGGAAAUCACUCUUUGUUACAGCAUGAAAAACAAAUACCAUCAUGUGAAGUUAGUUAUGAAAGUGAAGGAAAUUUGAAAUAUGAGGAGAAGGAAAAAUCCAAAGAAUGUAAAGGAAUAUACAAUAAAAAAGAAAAUAAACCCAUUUGUGAUGAUACAGAAGAAGGGUCAUAUAAGUAUGAAAAUGAACUUAUAUGCGAAGAAAAAUUAAAUAAAGAUAAUCCUAAAAGUGAAAUUGAAAAAGCGGAAUUGAAUGUAGAUGAAUCUAUAAAUGAAAUUAAAGACGAAUUAAAUAAAAAUAGAUUAGAAGAAAAUCCUUUUCAUGCUGUAGGGUAUAUUAGGAAUAAUACAUUAAAUGAGGAAAUAGAAAAGGAAAUAAACUUGCAAAAAGAAAAAUCUACAUGUGAAAUUGAAAUGAAAAAUUUAGGAAAUAAAACGUCAAUCAAGAAUGAUGUAUGCAAUUGGGAUUCAUGGGUAGAUAUACAUAUGACUGCAUUACUAGAGUGUAAAAAAGAGGAAUGGAAAUUGAAUAAAACCGAAUUUUUUGAUAUUUGUUUAGAAGAGAUCGAAAAACAUGAAGAAAAUUCUAAUUUAAAAGAAAUGGGAAAUAAUUUUGUAGUGAAAAUAAAAGAAGAAAAUAAUAUUCAUGCUACAGAUAAAAAUAGUAGUAUAUUAGAUAAAUAUAAAAAUGAAGAGUGGUUUAUUAAUUUGAAGAAAGAGUGGAAAGAUGAACAAGAAAAAUACUUAGGAUAUUUAGAUGAACAAGAAAUUGAAAAAAUGACAGAAAUGGGAGUAAAUAAUUUUAUGCUAGAUAAAAAAAAAAAAAUAUGGAAGAAAUGGAUAGAAUGGCAAAUAGAGCAUUCAUACGAAUACAAAAAUCAGAAUUGGUUUAUAAAAUUGUUAGAAGAAUAUGAAAAAGAAGAAAUUCAUGAAAAUUUGAACGAAGAAAAAAUAAAGAAAGAAAGAAAUAAUGGAAUAGAUAAAAAUGAAAUGCAGAAAAAUUUGGAAAGGAGAAUUUUGUUAGAUAUUCAUAUGAUGGUAUUAGAGGAAUGUACGAAAGAAGAGUGGGAAAAAGAAGAAGAAUUUUUUAAAACAAACAUUGAAGAGAUAAAAAAAUAUAAAAAUUUGGAAGAAGAAACAAAUAUAUUAGAUAAAAUAGAAAGAGAAAGAAGUUGGAAUGUUAUAUCAGAGAAAAAAAAAGAGGAAAUCGAAAAAUGGAAAAAACAAAAAUGGUUUAUUGAGUUAAUGUUAGAAUGGAAAAAUAAAGAAGAAAAAUAUAUGAUGGAGAUAAAUGAAGAAAUUUUAGCAAAAAAGAAUCAAGGAAGAGUAAUAGAUGUUAUCUUAGAAAGAAAAAGCAAUAUAUGGAAAAAACACUGCGAAAAUAUUUGUAAAAAGUGGAUAGAUGAAGACAAUAAUGAAGAAUGGUUUACAAAGUUAGUUAAUGAAUAUGAAAAAGAAGAGAAAGAACAUAAAAGCAGAAUUUAUAAAAAAAGUAUAGAAAAAGAAAAGGAAAAUGAAAAAACCAUAGAAAGUUGUGAACCGCUAACAAAGUUUAACAAAAAGGGAGAAGAAAAAAUGAUAAAAUAUGAAAGGAAUAAUUUAGAGGAAUCAUAUGAAAUGAAUAAUUCUAAAAUAAUCAAAAAAAAAUUAAAAUGGAAGACUUUAAUAGAAAUAUAUAUGGUAAUAUUAGAAGAAUGUAGAAAAGAGGAGUGGUUAUUGAAUAGAGGAAAAUUUUUAGAAACCUGUUUAGAAGAAUUUAUAGAAGAAGAUAAAGAAAAAUAUCCAAAAAUAAUAGAAAAUGAAUUAGCCAUGAUGAAAGAAGGAGAAGAAGAC